CGUCUAUGAAUAUAUAUUCUCCUAAUAAGUGGCAUUUGAUUGAAGACUAAUACCCACCAAGCCAAUUAGCAGUAAUUUGCACAAAAGCAUCAGAAAUGGGACGGUUAAUAAGCGGUGACUCAGAAGUGCCAUUUACCUUUUGCGAUAGUCAGAAGCAAAAAUGUCAAUGAACAAAACAAAGCAAAACCACACAAAAAUAAAAAUCCAUCACUGUAGUGUUCGCAAAGUAAGGUCAAAUAAACGAACAAAUCCAAAGCAGCAGGUCUGCGUAAUGACAACUAUAUUAUAACAGCACUAAUUUGACGGCAAAACAAGAAGAAGAGCUUCAGACAAAGCAGGAACAUGCAUAACUUUAUGAUUAGAUGGCAAUAGGCCAUAAACGCGCAAUUUAAGCUUCUCUCCGGAAGACUUUCUUGGCACUUUGCCUAAGGAGCGCGGGGUCGUUUCAGGUCAGGCCUGGCGUGUUGUUGUAAAGGAAGUGCAGAGCGUUCGACUCGCUGUAUUUCACUUCCUUGUUUUUCACGUGCCGGAAUCACAUUUGAGAAAUCAGACCCAGAAGAUUCAGAGGGUUGAAGAGCAUGUCCAUAAAAACAUUUGCAGCUUUUGGUGUAAAUCAACAAACACAUUUUGGGCAUCUAAAAUGCACACCGAGUCGCCUGCUCGCUCACCUGGGAUCAGUCUGAACAGGGCGACAUCUGAGGUUCUGCAUGAGGUUAGACUGCGGCGGCCGGAGCGAAAUGAAAUGAGUGGCUGACGACUGACCUCUUCCGCUGCACCAACACCACCACCACCACCAGCAAACCUGUAGCAUCAAACCAGUGCCUCUUCACCAGCCUGACAAACCAACACACCCACAGACACACAAUUACCCAACAGAACUGUGACAUCAGGUGCAAGGGGAUGACCGAACGCAUUCACCACAUUAAUCUUCACAACUUCAGCAAUUCUGUACUUGAGACCCUCAAUGAGCAGCGAAACCGCGGGCACUUCUGUGACGUGACUGUUCGGAUCCAUGGUAGCAUGCUGCGCGCUCACCGCUGUGUGCUGGCUGCCGGCAGCCCCUUCUUUCAGGACAAGCUGCUCCUGGGCUACAGCGACAUCGAGAUCCCCUCUGUGGUCUCGGUCCAGUCCGUCCAGAAACUGAUCGACUUCAUGUACAGCGGUGUGCUGCGGGUCUCCCAAUCUGAGGCCCUGCAGAUCCUCACGGCUGCCAGCAUCCUUCAGAUCAAGACGGUUAUCGACGAGUGCACCAGGAUUGUCUCGCAGAAUGUGGGCAUUUCGGGAUCUGGCAGCUUUUCGGUGGUCCCUGGGGACUCGGGGCAGGAGACGCCGCGUGGAACUCCGGAGUCUGGCACGUCUGGUCCUAGCAGCGACGCCGAGUCGGGCUACAUGCAAACAUCUCACCAGAGCGUUUACUCCUCGCUUUAUUCCAGCUGUUCCGGGUUGGGCCUGCAAAACGGUACCCGCGGAAAUCGCUCUCACUACGUCGGUGCUGCGGUGACAGCCAACUACGACUCGGCCUUGCCACUGCAGCAGAAGGAGGCCGGGCAGGACCCUGCCUGGAUCACGCGCAUCCACGAGCGCUCUCAGCAGAUGGAACGAUUCCUGUCCACCACCGAGACAACACACUGCCGCAAACAGCCCCGUCCCGUCAGGCUCCACACUGGGGACAUCCACAUCAAGCAGGAGCAAGGGGACGAGUUCAACUGCUAUGGGAUUGAGGACUGCCGAGAGGACGGUGAGCCGUUGGAGUGCGUGGAAAGCGAGCCCAAAGGUGAGAGCUUUGACUCUGGCGUCAGCUCUUCCAUCGGCACCGAAACCGACUCUGUUGAACAGCCUUUCUUGUCUGGCUUCAACUGUCCAAAUAAGGGCCAGCAGGGCGAGCCCGGGACCCCGGUGCAGAUUGAAGUCAAUGAUUCCUCCCCCGAGCAAACCCAAGAGAUCAUUGAAGAUUUGAGCGGAAACGGUCCUACUCAAGAAAGUGGCGAGAUCAUGAUCCAUCAAGCCAAUCUAGUGGCUCCCCAAGUGAUGCACGGCGGGCCGUACCUGCGGCCGGGUGAGCCACUUACCAGCAACCUGCGUAUGCCCCUGACCCUGACCAGCAACUCCCAGGUAAUGGGAACUGCGGGCAACACGUACCUGCCUACGCUCUUCGCAACCCAGUCAGCCAGCGACAACAAGCCUUUCCUCUUCAGUCUGCCCCAGUCCAUCGGGAGCCAGCAGCCGCAGUUUGUGGCCGUCCCCUCUCCCAACAUGCCUCCGUUCCCCGGCGGGCUGUCGGUGCCGACGGUAGGGAGUCAGCAGCAGGGCGGUGCGCCGGGGGGACAGCACGGGGAGAAGAAGCCCUACGCGUGCACUCUUUGCUGUAAGACCUUUACUGCCAAACAAAACUACGUCAAACACAUGUUCGUGCACACAGGUGAAAAGCCACACCAGUGCAGUAUCUGCUGGCGUUCGUUCUCGCUGAAGGAUUAUCUCAUCAAACACAUGGUUACGCAUACAGGCGUCCGAGCGUACCAGUGCAGCAUCUGCAACAAACGCUUCACCCAGAAGAGCUCGCUCAACGUCCACAUGCGCCUGCACCGCGGAGAGAAGUCCUACGAGUGCUACAUCUGCAAGAAAAAGUUCUCCCACAAGACCCUGUUGGAGCGCCACAUGGCCCUGCACAGCACCGGAAGCGGGGUCUCUGGGGUCUCCGGGGUCAGUGGCGCAGGGAGCGCCGGAGGCCCCGUGUCCAUCCCUGUGCCGAUGGCCGUCCCGGAGCCGGGAGCCGGAGUGGUGGCUCUCGCCAUGCCUGUGGGAGGGGGCGGAGUUGGGGGCGGAAUCGGAAACACCGGAGUGGGUGUGGCCGCAGAAGCCAGCUGCCAGGAGGGGACCACCUACAUGUGCUCCGUGUGCCCUGUCAAGUUUGACCAAAUCGAGCACUUCAAUGACCACAUGCGCAAGCAUGUCUCCGACGGAUAAGUACAAACGAAAAAAAAAAAAACUUACGCAAACAUGAAAAGAAUGAAAUGAUUAAGAAAAACGGCACUAGAUUUUUUUCCUUAUAUUGGGGCAUGAAGAGUAAUGAGUAUAGACACUGGCACAUUAAGUUUUUUAGAGAAAAAAAAAAGAAGCGUUUAAUUUUUUUUCUUUCCUUUUUUUUCGUCCUUGCUAUUCUUAAAGAAUAAAAAAAAAAAGAUGGUGGCCUUAAGGCUGUGUAGUUGGAUAAUGAUCCACUGGCUGGAUCCAUACUACUGGCCUCUAAAUGUAUGCUUUCCUUAAAUACUGAUUUAUGUGUUGAACACUACCGAAAGGCCUGCGAAAGAACACACAAGAAAAAAAAAAUUCACAUGCGCGCACACACUCGGUCAUACGCAAACACAAAUACACAUACCCACGCAUGCACUCACACGCACAAACUACUUAUACACACUUAUAUAUGGUAGAGGUAUUUUGUACGUAUGUGUAUUUGUGCAUGUGGCGUGCGUGUGCACAAGAAUAAGCAUUGCAGUGAAUUUUUUAAAACUUGUAGAUCUUUUCCCAUGUAGACCGUAUUGGACACUAUAAGCGUCCAAGCUUACUGUGGUAUAGAUUUAAACGAAGAAAAAAAAACUAAAAAAAAAGAGAACGUUUUGGCUCUAGAUUCAUUCUAAAAUAACGAUGGUCACAUGUUUGCCUUUUUACGUGCGAUAAGAAUAGGAGAGUUGUUCGAUUUGACACUGGGUUUUUAUUUAUUAUUAUGGCAUUGAGGGAUUAUGAUGAUGAUGAUGAUGUUGUCGAGGUACAAGCCAGUUUUACUAACUGUACUAAAAUGGGAAUAUUUGAGUGGCUUGAUGAAUGAAUGACUAUUAUGAUUAUUAUGAUGUUUUUCCUUUUCUCCCGCCACCCUCUUUUUUCGAUGGUUCAGGUCAAGUUUACAGAAAAAUUCAGACAGUAUUCGAGCAAAAACUUUGAAUGCCGUUAAUAAUUUCCAAUUGGUUUUGCAUACACUGCCACUUAGAAGACGACUGUUAGUUCUUCCGCUUCAAAACGUUUCAUUCGCUCCAUGGUUCUGUUUUUUCAACCAAACAAACAAACAAACAAAC